CCUCAGACAACCUUUUUUUUUUCUAAGCCUCCUCAUUUCUUUUCCCCCACAACCCAACAAAGCCAAAACCCUAACUAGUAAGUAGUAACUCCCUAGCAACGAGCCAAAGCCAGAUCUGACCAUCGACGGCCCACGGCCAGUCGGCCACCGUGACGGCGUGACACCGUCUCUUCCGUCUUCCCCACCGCGACGGCGAACCAGCCGGCAGCAAGCCAGCAACCUUUCCGAAUUCCGGCCGCUUGAAAAUUGAAAGCAGGUAAAUCAUUCUAUAUUUUUGUUCGCUAAUGUGGAAUAUGAAGAUACUUGGCUCAUCAAAGCUUCACUGCUCAUUGCUGGGGAUACUGCUUAACUAAAUCGUUUGGGAUUAGUGUAUUUAGGAAUGUAUAGGAUGAUAUUAAAGUGGCCUCGCCGGUCGGUUGCAGAUGUAUUUUUUGGAUCCUCAAGGCCGAAAAGGUUAUUGCAGGGGAAGAAAAAUGGACUCUUUUUGGCGGAAUCAUUCCAAACUAUUGCUGGUUUAAAAGAUCCAGUCACUUUUGGCUACAGAGGAGACACAACAACCAAUUUCUUGGGUCUUGGAGUUGUUAAUGCUCUUCAAUCAGGUUGCAGAAGCCAAGCUUCUGAUAUGCUUUCUGAAGCUGGUUCUGCAGGCCAUGCACUUAAUGCUGAAGAUGUUGUCUACAUUCUUGAAUACUGUGCAAGUUCACCAGAUCCAUUGUUUGUGAUGGAAGCUUGGAGAGUCCUGGAAGGAAACAAGAUUGCUUUGAGCUGGAAAUGCUAUAUUCUUAUUGCUCGUGCUCUUUGUAAUGGUGGUUACUUGGAAGAGGCACUUCAUCUGGUGAACUUUAUCGGAGAAAAUAAUCGCAUCAGUUUUAUUCUCCCUCUGUACAAUAAUUUACUGUCAUCUUGUGUGAAAAUGAAAGACGUGAUGCUUUUUCAUCAGUGCUUGGAUAUGAUGGAGCACCAAAAUCUGGGGAAGAAUGAAGUUACAUAUUCAGCACUGCUGAAGCUUGCAGUUUGGCAGAAAAAUUUGUCUGCUGUGCAUGAAAUUUGGAGAGAGCACUGCAAGCAUUAUAAUGUGAAUAUUAUUUCAUUGAGGAAGUUCAUAUGGUCUUUUACGCGGCUGAGGGACUUGGAAUCUGCUUAUAGAACAUUGCAAUGUAUGAUUGUUUUAGCGUUUAAAGAAGGCAUUUUUUUGCGUAGAACCAGAGAGGGGAAGAUCUUUUGUCCACAGCUGGACAUUCCCAUUCCUUCAUGCAGUGUAAUGAGUUCCGCAGGAUUUGAUCUGCAGAAGGACCAAAAUGUCAGUCUUGCCGCUUUUGGUGUUGAAGGAAUGAUUAUGAACUCAAGUAAGGGUAUGCAAUGUAGUCCCUUCUGUCCAGACGAUAACGUGGACACCUCCACUGGGAUAAAAAUGCUUGAGGAUCACAAAAGAGGGCCCAUCAAGAAGAUCUUGAGGUGGUCUUUUAAUGAUGUCAUACAUGCAUGUGGGCAGUGUCCAAAUGAUAAGCUAGCUGAGCAAUUAAUCGUGCAGAUGGAAAAUCUUGGGCUGGAACCAUCACCCCACACUUAUGACGGUUUGGUUAAAGCAGUUGUUUCACACAGAGGAAUUGAUGAUACCAUGGAACUACUAAAGGUAAUGCAAAGUAAAAAUUUGAAGCCAUAUGAUUCCACUCUUUCAACUCUUUCAAUAUGCUGCAGCAAAGCUUUGCACUUGGAUUUAGCUGAAGCCUUACUCAAUCAAAUCUCUGCAAGUCCUUAUGCUCGUCCAUACAAUGCUUUCUUUGAAGCAUGUGAUAUGAUGGAUCAACCUGAACGGGCUGUCAAAAUGUUUGCUAAGAUGAAAGAAAGGAAAAUUAAGCCAGAUAUCACGACAUAUGAACUACUAUUUUCGUUGUUUGGGAAUGUCAAUGCCCCAUAUGAAGAAGGUAACUUAUUAUCACAUGCAGAUGUUAUUAAGAGGAUUGACACCAUAGAAAUGGAUAUGCUCCGUAAUGAGAUUCAUCACAGUCAGCGGUCAAUAAAUAACUUGUUGAAAGCUCUUGGAUUAGAAGGGAUGGUCCAGGAGCUGUUAAAGUAUUUGCGCCGUGCAGAAAGCCAGUUCUCUGUCAGCAAUUUUCUUGAAACAGAUAUCUAUAAUACAGUAUUGCAUUCACUUGUCCAGGCUAAAGAGAACCACAAGACAGCUGACAUGUUCAGAAAUAUGAAGCUACACAGGAUCAGGCCUGAUGCCGCAACUUACAAUAUUAUGAUUGAUUGCUGCUCAAAUAUAAGAUGUUUCAAGUCUGCAUGUGCAUUGGUUUCAAUGAUGCUUCGUGAUGGCUUUUCUCCCCAGACGUUAACUUAUACUGCACUUAUAAAGAUUCUCUUGGAAUAUGAUGCAUUUGAUGACGCUUUGGAUCUUCUAGAUCAAGCUAUCUUGGAAGGAUGUGAACCUGAUGUAUUACUAUUCAACACCAUUCUUCGGAAAGCCAGUGUACGGGGAAGGAUUGAUGUUCUCGAGACAGUGAUUCAGGGGAUGCAUUGGGAGAAGAUCAAACCAGAUCCAUCAACUUGUAGCUAUGUGUUUAGUGCGUAUGUUGAUUGCGAAUAUUUUGGCACAGCAGUAGAAGCCUUGCAGGUCUUGAGCAUGCGUAUGAUCUCCUUAGAUCAGGACACUGUUGAGGAUUUCAGGAAGGAAUUUGAGGAUCUCAUUUAUGCUGAAGAACAAGAAGCUGAGACACGUAUAGUACAGAUUUUCAGAGAUUCCGUGAACCUCGGUGCCGCCCUUCUCAAUUUAAGAUGGUGUUCCCUUGUAGGGUCCUCUAUUUCAUGGAUGCCUGAUCAGAGUUUGUGGGCCAUAAGACUUGCAAGCGCUCCUGCUGCCCAAUCAACAGUUGUCAAGUGAAUCAGCACAUGAAGUUUGAUUGAUGCUUAGUGAUGGAGCUUUCUGCCAAUGGGUCACUUAAACCAUGAAACAUGUUGAAGCCUCUUCCUUGAUACCCUGUGAAAUCGGUAAGCACACAUUGCAGGUGAAAGUGAUACCGCCAAAUCGUUGGUUCUUUUACUUGUGCAAACUGUAUCUAUAUCCGGAGUUCCUUCUCAAUUUUGUACUGUUCACUAGGGGAUGUAGUUUACUGGAAGAUAUUCUUUUCAUGACAAAGAAUAAGGAGAACUGAUCUUGUCAUUUAGCCUCCAAGUCAUAGUCAUGGUUUUUCAACGAUGACGACAACAACGUGACAAUUGAUUCAAUUGAUUCAGAAAGUGAAUUUUGGCGAUUAAAUCAGAACAUAGAUGAGCUGUAAUUCUCGUUUCUGGCUUAAAUGUUUUUUUAGUUGGUAAAGGCAAUUGUUUGCUUGUGUAUCGAUGAUCUCUUAAUUUUGGAAUAUAUGGCCUGCUAAUUCUGGCCUAUAUUGGCUUUCUGGUCUUUUUAUACGAUGUAUUAAGUUAUAUGUUCUAAUUGCUAGCUGUUGUGAGCUUUGGUUGCCAGCUUAGUUCAACCCUCUUUCAUUUAGUUAAGUUUGUUACCAGGUUCCAAGUUAGUUAUUUUGGUGGUUAGGCAUCGACUGUAUAUAAUCUUCUUUGUAACCUUUGUAUAAUUCAGUUUUUGGAGAAAUAAAAUUAGUUUUCUUCUUUCUUCA